AUUGAUUUGUUUUUAAUGUACGAUGAAGAGGAAGAAUGGCUUUUAACUGAUAAAAGUAAAGGAGAAUUGAAAAAGGAAGACUUGAAAAAAAGUUUUCUAGCCUGGUACAAUACAUCAAAUGAAAGACGUGAGACACGUUCUUUAGAUACAAAAAAAGGGUUUCUAGCUUGGUAUAAUACAUCAAAUGAAAGACGUGAGGCACAUUCUUUAGACUCAAAAAAGAAAGAUACAACAAUA